UCCUUCGCUCCUCACCCGGUCGUUUGUUUUGCCGAGCGGUUCUGCAGAGGCGGGCAAAAUAUUAAGUUGUUCUCACAGUUUAAAUCCGCCACUUAAUGCUGUAGUGAGAUUUGAACGUUAUAGAUCUUCUCAGCGACCGGGAGAGCCUCCACGAUCCCUGCUAGAUGUGAAUAAUAGCUGCUUCCUAAGAAGUUAAGUUCUUAAGUUCUUGGACUGAAUUACACCAAGUGACCAUUCAUUCACCAAGAAGAGCCUCUGCCCGUCUCUCUCUGCCCCUCCUGUGCUCCUCGUCUCUGGGCUGAAUGCUCCAGGCUUUGCCUCGGCUGAACAGAGCGGUGGGGAGGAUUCGCUGUGUGGGAGCUCACGUCACCAGCAUGGCCCGAAACGGUAGCGGCUCUUCCGCGGAGGACGGAGGAGCCGUGACAGCUGCUAUUCUCAUCAUCGGCGAUGAGAUCCUCAAGGGUCACACGACGGACACCAACAGUGCCUUUUUGUGCCAAGGUCUGCGGAAGCUGGGCGUCGCCGUGCAGCGGAUCACCGUGGUGCCGGACGUCCGGGAGGUCAUCGCCGAGGAAGUGGCCCGGCUGUCCCCCUCCGUCACCCACCUCAUCACGUCUGGAGGGAUCGGCCCCACACACGAUGACGUCACCUUUGAGAGUGUUGCCAUGGCGUUUGGCGAGGGCCUGCGAGCCCACCCAGAGCUGACCAGGCUGCUGGAGGUGUACUUUGGUGAAGUCGAUCCAAAGAGUGCCACCAUAAAACUGGCUAUGGUGCCUGAGUCAGCGAAGCUGAACCACGGCACUGACCCAAAGACAGGCCAACAGCUCCGCUACCCGCUGGUUAGCGUUCGCAACGUGUACAUCUUCCCUGGCAUCCCGUCUCUGCUGGAGCGUGCCUUCGACAGCCUUGCGCAUCUGUUUGCUGGCUCCGGAACAACAUUCCACACACGGGAGGUGUUCGUGAACGCUGAUGAGGCAGACAUAGCGCCCGUCCUGAGCCGGCUACAGGCAGACUGGGGAAAGCGGGUGGCCCUGGGCUCAUACCCAGACUGGCUGAGCAACUACCACCGGGUCAGGCUGGUGCUAGACUCGGACAGCGUGGAGGAGGUAGAGAGAGCUCGGGCUCAGGUUGAGGAGAAACUGCCAAAAGGGAGCAUUGUCCGGCUUAUUACUGACCCUGUGUCCAUUGUCACUGAGGAGGUUUACUCACUUUCCAACAGCGGAUCGCCACUGGGGGAGAAAGUGGCAGCAGCUCUGAGGACGAUAGAGACAGCGCUGGAUCAGUAUUCAGCUAAUGAGAUCUGUGUCGGCUUCAACGGGGGAAAAGACUGCACAGCCUUGCUGCAUCUGUAUUACGCUGCUCUGAAACGGCACCAUCCCGACAGUAAAGACAGAGUGAAAGCUCUCUACAUCCGAAUCAUGUCCCCCUUCCCUGAAAUGGAAAGGUUCCUACAGGACACUAUAAAAAGAUAUGACCUGGACCUGGUCUCAGUGGAGGGCAGUAUUCGGCAGGCUCUGAGCGAGGUCCAGGAGAAAAGGCCGGAGCUUAGAGCUGUUUUGAUGGGGACCAGGCGCACAGACCCUUACUCUCGCACACUCGCUCCAUUCUCUCCUACAGACCCAGGCUGGCCGGACUAUAUGAGGGUCAACCCAUUACUGGACUGGACAUAUCAUGACAUCUGGUCAUUCCUGAGGACCCUGUAUGUGCCCUACUGUAUUCUGUACGACAAAGGCUACACGUCACUGGGCAGUAUGGACAACACCUUCAGGAACCCUUCACUAAAAGUGGUGGAUGGCAGGGGCGUGACCCGCUAUAGACCCGCCUACCAGCUGGAGAAAGAAGAAGAAGAGCGCAACUCAAGAGCAUGAAGAUAUGAAACAUGGCAAACAGCAAGACAAACUGAAAGGACCGUUGCCUUUUUUUAACUCCGCAGUCAUGAAGAGUGUAUGCGUGUCUGUGAGAGGGAGAUACAGAUGUGGUUGCCUCAUCAAAUGUGAUUCGUUUUAAAUGACUUUAUUCUUUCUGUUUGAAUCAUUUGAAGUUGUUUACCUGUGUAUGUGUAUGUAUAUGGGCACGAAAGCGAGAUGUACGUGUAUAAAUGUACAAAUAGAGUUAUAACAAUACAUCUUCACUAUGACCAGC